AUGGAACCGAACGAAGGCACCUUUGUGCUCCACACUGAAAACCACCAAGUCGACGCAUUGGAGUUCCUCCCGAAUUGCCGUGCUGCUUCAGAGUACCUUUACGACAUUCUGACCAAUGCGAGCGUGGUUAAGAACAAGAUCCCGGUCCUGCUCUGCUGUAACAAGACGGAUAAAGUAACUGCCCACACAAAAGAUUUCAUCCGCAAGCAGAUGGAGAAAGAAAUAGAGAAACUUAGGGCUUCGAGGAGCGCGGUAUCAACAGCUGAUAUAGCUAAUGACUUCACGCUCGGGAUUGAAGGAGAAGUGUUUUCCUUUACGCAUUGCUUAAACAAUGUCACGGUCGCUGAAGCAUCUGGAUUAACAGGAGAAACUGAUCAGAUAUUGCUUGCGGCACACGCUAACGAUUUCAACCAAGACAUUGACAUAACAUGGGGUGAUGGUCGAGGAAAUAUAUUGAACAAUGGAACUCUUGUAAAUCUCGCUCUUGAUCAAUCUUCGGGAUCAGGGUUUCAAUCGAAAGCCGAGUAUUUGUAUGGAAAAGUCGACAUGCAGAUCAAACUUGUCCCUGGAAACUCUGCCGGGACCGUGACUGAAAGUGAAUGA